CAUGAACGAGAAGUUAAAGCUCUUGCUAGAUCUAAGGAUAAUAAAUAUUUGGUAUCAGCCUCCGCCGAUGGAUUAUUAAAGACUUGGGAUCUAGAAACCGAGAGACAGUUAACAACUAUGUCUGGACAUCAAGAUGAGGUGUGGUGUUGUGCUGUUUCACCAGAUAACGAAAUAAUAGUAUCAGGUUCACGUGAUGGUACCAUUAGAUUAUGGCAGUUGAAAAGUGGUAAACAGAUCUGUUCAUUCAACGCUGGAGUUGACGUUUUCUACAUCACCAUGAGUCAAGAUAAGAGCACCAUCGUUGCCCUUGGCGACAAAUAUGGCGCCCGUAAGCUCAUUAUGUUGCAAGUAGUACGUACAAAAGUUCGA